ACAAAGACAAAAAAACUACUAAAACAGUACAGUUGGAUUGGAGAAUUCCAAGUCUCAAGUGAAUCUCCCUUUUCCCUCUCCCUUUUUCUCCUCAGCCGUCUGCCCGAUUCCUCAGUACUCUCCCAGCGGCCGUCAGAAGCUCCAAGCUAGUGAGAGAGAGAGAGAGGAGAAAUGGGAGGUGAGGUCACGGAAGAAGAGAAUGCUGAUCUAAACGCGAGCUUAAUCCGUAGAGAUGAUGCUUCAGAGGUCAACCUUCUUGAGAGAACCGGUACAACAUGGACAGCAGUGGCGCAUAUAUUAACAGGGGUGGCAGGCGUAGGAGUGCUGUCCCUAGCAUGGAGCGUGGCGCAGCUCGGGUGGAUCCUCGGCCCUCUCUGCAUCAUCAUCUUUGCAGCGAUGACGCUUUUUUCUACUUUCCUUCUGGCUGAAUGCUACAGACAUCCGGAUCCCGAGCAUGGACCUCUCAGGAACAGGUCUUUUAUGGAAGCUAGUAAGCUCUAUUUAGGUGACAAGCAUCAAGCGAUAUUUGGAUUUUUGGUCCAAUUCACCAUAUUCGGGUUAACUGUUGUCUUCACCAGCACCGCCGGUAGCAGUCUACGGGCAAUUCAGCAGUCAAACUGCUACCACAAAUACGGGCAUGAUGCUCCUUGUCAAUAUGGGGAUAAUUUGUACAUGACUCUCUUCGGUUUCGUCCAUAUAUUUCUGUCUCAGAUACCCAAUUUCCAUAGCACAAUAUGGAUCUCCAUAACGUCCUUGGUCACGUCCUCGUGUUUCUCAUUCAUCGGCAUUGGACUAGGACUGGCAAAAGUAAUCGGAAAUGGAACAGUAAAGGGCAGUAUCACGGGGGUCCCUGGUUCUGAUUCUGCUAGGAAAACAUUUCUAGUAUUCACAGCGCUUGCAGACAUUGCUUUUGCAACCCCUUUCGCAAUUAUUCUUUUCGAGAUCGAGGACACACUGAAGUCGCCUCCACCAGUGAACAAGACGAUGAAAGUCGCCUCGACAGUCGCGGUAUCCAUCAUCACUUUAUUUUACCUCACCUAUGGAUGCAUUGGGUACGCAGCAUUUGGCGAGAGCACGCCCGAGAAUCUCCUCACAGGCUUCGGUUUUUACGAGCCAUAUUGGCUUGUCGACUUUGCAAAUGCCUGCGUUGUUAUCUAUCUGAUGGGAGCAUAUCAGAUUUACGGUCAGGCAGGUUUCUCAACGCUGGAGAGAUGGUUCCGUGAGAGAUUCCCAGAGAGCAGGUUGCUAAACAAGUCCUAUUCCUUCAAGUUUCCAUUAUUACCGACAACCCAGAUGAACCUCUUUCGGACCUGUUUCCGAACAUUCUACGUUGUAAUAGCGACAUUGAUAGCGGUAAUCUUCCCGUACUUCACCUCAGUCAUCGGAGUCGUGGGGACCGUAAUUUUUUGGCCAUCUGUGGUGUACGGUCCCGUGCGGAUGUACCUUGUGCAGAGGCAAGUCAGAACUUGGAGUAGGAAGUGGAUUCUUCUCACCGCAUUUAACAUUGUCGGGUUCAUCAUUACGGUCAUAGGAUUUAUCGGGUCACUCGAGGAACUUGUUCGUGCCAAAAUCAAUUGAGAAAGAGCAACGGGAUGAUGGAUCAACUCAAGGAUCUUCCUCUAAUUGAUAAAGUCGCUAUAUAUGUGUAUAUAGUCAAAAGAAUGCAGUAAAACGAGAAAGGGGGUAUAGUGCAGUGGCUAACACCCUCAUCUAGUAAUCUAGAGGUUUCGAGUUUGAUUCUCAUUAGUGGGACUACCCGUGCUCAUUUAUUUAGAUUUCCUUUUCAAUUCCAAUGGGUGUUUUGCCAAUUGUCGGCGCUUUUCAAAGCAUUGGCAAAACAUUCUAUUAAGUUGAAAGUGGAUGGUCUUGUCUACCUCAUAAUCAGUUGUAAAAAAAGUGUAAUUUCACGAAAGGACAAGGUUCUUCAAUAAUUGUAAUUUAUUAAGUUCAUUGUGCAAUAUAUUUCAGACAUUUGCGUGCU